AUGCCUUGUCCUCAAAACCGUGUGGAAGAGCGAUGUUUGGGUUCUGAAAAAUUUCCAGCAGAUGCCGAGGUGGAGAUCCCAACGGAGGUACCGCAAGAGGAGGUCGCUGUGGAGAAGCCGGCAGUGCCUGAAACGCCCUCGAAGGGUCUGGAAGAGGACGUGAAAGAUUCAGGGAACGGUGGCCAGGGAGCGGAGGAGCCAGGGAAGGCGACGAUACCAGACGUCUGCAGAGCAACGGCGCAAGCGGAUCCCAGCUGCGCGGUCGCCUCCCCGGGAGAGCCGGUGGAGGGCUCCUGCGUGGGCCGGACGGCGGCCUGCCAGCGGAACUCCACCCGGGAGAAAUUCUACUCCUGCCCCGUCUGCAGGAAAAACUUUCUGCUGAAGAUCAACCUCGUCAUCCACCAGUGGAGCCACAGCAACUGGGUGCCCUACGUCUGCGCGCACUGCGACCGGAGCUUCAUGUCCAAGAAGAAAAUGCGGCGUCACCUGCAGGCCCGGGCGGCCAAAGGGUUCUGCGAGCCCUCGGAGGUGGAGGAGUGCUCCAGCCGGGCGCCAUGCCCUGCCUCCCAGCCCCGAGCCCCGAGCCGGGACUGCGGCACCGUGUGGGGGAAGCCCGGCCCCAACAGAUACCCGCUGUCACCUGGGAAAAUGAUGUAUACGUGCAACGAAUGCAUGGAGAACUUCUCCAGCCAGAGCUUUCUGAUCCUGCACCAGCGCCGACACACUAACCACCACCUCAUCCUCUGCCCCUGCUGCAACAGGAGCUUCACCUGGGUCUCUGACUUUGUCCGCCACCACCAGACCCACACGGGCGAGCGGCCCUACCAGUGCGGCGUGUGCCAGAAGACUUUCAAGCGGCACUACCACCUGAACGUGCACCAGAGGAUCCACGUGCGGCAGGAGGGGCCGUACCGCUGCGGGGACCAGCUCCCCGUGCCACCGGCACCCCCGCUGGGCACCCAGGCCCGGCCCGGGCACCGGCGGAGACGAGCCCAAGGUAACGGGGACGAGCCCCGGGUGCCAGCGGUGUGCGAGGAUGACUCGGCCAGUUUGCCGGAGCAGGAGUGGGGGAGCUCGGAGAGCCGGCAGAAGGAGCUCUACAGAAUCGCGACGGAGGGGAAUUAUGAAGCUGUGGUCUCUCUUGGGCCCGGGGACGCCAGCUCCAAACCCGCUCUGCUGCCGCCGGCCGAGGACGGGGACGAUUUGGGUACGAGGACCCACGGGCUGCCGGAGAAGGGAGCGGUGUCGGGGCACCUUGGCGGCGGUGAGAAGAUCGUGAUCAAGACAGAAGAGCAGCAGCCCCAGGAGGAAGGCUCUGAAAUCCUGGCUCUGACGCAGGUACCGUCAGCACGACUGGAAGAGGAGGCUCCCCUGGGCCGGGAGCAGCCGGCGCCCUGGGAGAGCCACGCUGGCGUGGACGAGAAGGCAGCAGGAGAGGGCUUAGGGGAGUUCUGCAAACAUGGGAUUGCCCAGCCCGAAUUUAAGCCCGUGGUGGUGCCGGUGGAAGCUCACCCUGCCCCGGGCUUGCCCUUCCCAACAGAGCACGUGCUCGGCGUGGGGACUGACCAGCCGUUCGCCCUGCCCCAGGGAAUGGCGCUGGGAGAAGACACCACCGCAGAGGCGGCCUCGUCACAGCCCGGCUCGGAGGAGCUUCGUCCCUGCGCCGCGGGGGAAGAGCCCCGCGUGCUCCCGCUGAGCUGGAAGAGCGCCCGGCUGAAGCGCAACCUCCUGGCGCUGCAGCAGAGCGCCCAGCUGAAGCGCAACCUCUUGGCGCUGCAGCAGAGCCAGGUGAGGAAGAGCAACGGCUCCUUCAUCUGCACGGCCUGCGGGAAGAGCCUGGCCCACCACGCCGCGCUGCUGCGGCACCAGCGCCUGCACACGGGCGAGCGUCCCUUCCAGUGCCCUGCCUGCGGGAAGAGCUUCAACGAGAAGUCCAACCUCAACAAGCACUACCGCAUCCACACCGGGGAGCGUCCCUACCGCUGCAUCGAGUGCGCGGAGAGCUUCCCCCAGAAAGCGUCGCUGGAGGAGCACCAGCGCCGGCACACCCAGCAGCGGCCCUUCCAGUGCAACGGCUGCAGCAAGAGUUUCCGGCACCGGCAAUCUCUGAACCACCACCAAAAGGUCCACGCCGUUGCCAGCUCUCCUGCCGUCAGCUUGCCGAACCACGACCGGGAGACCAGCCCCUGCAAAGCUUUGACCCAGGAUAAUCCCUAA